AUGGCCGGCGUGGUAGGGACCGCUGUGGUCUUCAGAACGGAAAAGAUCCAUGGGAACCUAUCGUACCAGAUCCCAAUGGCUGUACAGUGUGCCCUACCUGUGCUUCUCCUCUUCCUGACAGUGACCCUCCCAGAAAGCCCACAAUGGCUGACUGGGAAGGGAAAUAUAGCAGACGCUCGACACAGCCUACGGAGAUUGCGUGGAUUCAGCGACGACGAGGUUGAAGAUGAACUUCAUCUCAUGAGGCUGUCUGAAGAAAAUGAGCGCCAAUUACACGCUCAGACUAAGUUCUGGCACAUCUUCCAGCGACAACACCUCAAGCGUACCCUGACUGCGGGCUCGAUCUUCUCUCUUAAUCAAAUAUCAGGUGUCAUUCUUUCAACGACAUACACAACCGUCUUCCUCACAGCGCUGGGUAUUGCAGACCCCUUCGUCCUGACAAUCAUUUCAUCCGGUUGCACAUUAGCCGGUACCAUUGCCGCACCCUUUGUCAUCGAUCGUGCCGGUCGACGUCCCACAGCAUUCGUCGGAAUGGGGAUUCUAUUCGUAAUUGACGCCGUGGCCGGUGGCUUAGCCUUCAAUAGAGGCAACAAGAAAGCCACGAUAGGUAUCGCGGCGUUGUCCUUUGUAUUCAAUUUCUUUUGGGCAGCUUCGUUUUUCUCGCUGUCGAACCUCAUGCCCUCCGAAAUGGCAACUCCGAAACUCCGCCACCACACCAUGGCCUACACGAUUGCCUGUGCACAAACCACCGCCGUUAUCACCACUCUCGCUGUUCCGCAGCUGACUUCGGCGGAUGCGGCAAAUCUUGGCGCGAAGACGUAUCUCAUCUUUGCUGGAUGCAUGGCUGCCAUCAUUGUCUUUUUCUACUUCUUCAUGCCGGAGACACGUGGUCGGACUUUUUCUGAGAUCGAUGAGAUGUACGCGGCUAAGAUCCCCAUGUGGAAGUGGAGGUCGUAUGAGACUUCAUUGGAGCUGAGGUCCCGUUCGUCAAAACGUUUGGCGUGA